GUCUGGCAUACAGUGGACGCUCAAUAAAUAGUUGCCGGAGAAAGGACCAUCAAUGUAAUUGCUCUCCGCGGGCUCCCCACUAGGGCACAAGCCUCCAUGGCCGCAAUAAAUGGCCUCGCAUCGCACACACGCAGUCCUUGCCGUGGAUACAGCGCGUGAGCUCAGGCCCAAGAGGCGCAGCUACCCCCACUACGCACGCGUAUUCACAGGUGGAAUCCACACACCCGGCCAACAUCGUUCUGCGCAAGGUCUUUUUGAGUUAGCGCGCAAAGCUUGGGGAGCCUUUCUAGCUCGGCCAGGGGGCGUGGCUCCUGGCGCAUGUUGAUAGCAACAUCUCGGCGCCCGGAAGCCCAGUGGCGGCCUCAGUGCUUGAGGCGUGCGACGCUGUGGACCCCACAGUAUUCUUUGCAGGGGACGAGACUCGGGUUAUGCUGGAGGACGGAACAAGCCCUGGGGCAAAGGUGCCAGCAGCUGACUUGGUGCUCAUCUCAGCUGCCCACCAUGGCCUGGGGGCUGCCCAGCACCGCCAGCCUGGCGCGCUUCUGCCAGAAACUGAACCGGCUGAAGACACUGGAGGAGCCCACCAGGGAGACGUCGCUGAGGCGCCACCUGACUACACUGGACCUUACCCUUCAAGGUGUGGGUGGUAUGGUUGGCUUAGGCCUCUACAUCCUCACAGGCACUGUGGCCAAGUGGAUGGCUGGCCCUGCAGUGCUUGUGUCCUUCAGCGUGGCUGCCGUGGCCUCCCUGCUCACAGCCCUAUGCUAUGCAGAGUUUGUAGUGCGUGUGCCCUGCAGGGGCUCUUCCUACCUGUUCACCUAUGUGUUCACGGGCGAGCUGUGGGCCUUCCUCGUUGGCUGGAUCGUGCUCAUCCAGUGGCUCAUUGGUGUAGCUGCCAUGGCCCGCGUCUGGAGCAGCUACCUGGACGUCAUCUUUAGCUACCGCAUCCGCAGCUUCACCGAGGCCCAUGUGGGCAUCUGGCAGGUGCCCUUUCUGGCCCAGUACCCAGACUUCUUGGCUGCUGGCAUCAUACUUUUGUUCUUGGCUUUCGUCUCCUGUGGAGGUCGUGUCUCUUCCUGGGUCAACCACAUCUUCUCCGCCAUCAGUCUCAUCGUCAUCCUCUUCAUCAUCAUCCUGGGGUUUGUCCUGGCCCACCCACACAACUGGAGUGCUGAGGAGGGCGGCUUUGCACCCUUCGGCUUCUCCGGCAUCAUGACUGGCGCCGCCACCUGCUUCUAUGCCUUUGCAGGCUUUGGUGCCAUUGCUGCCUCCAGUGUUGAGGCCCGGAACCCAAAGCGAACAGUGCCUAUGGCCCUUGCCAUCUCAGUUGGUGUAGUGGCUGGCGCCUACAUCCUCGUCUCCACAGUCCUCACACUCAUGGUGCCCUGGCACAACCUGGACCCUGACUCAGCACUCGCUGAUGCCUUCCAUCAGCAGGGCCAUAGCUGGGCAGCCUUCAUCGUGGUGGCUGGUGCAAUCUGUGGUUCCCAUGGUGCCCCUGACUCCCGCCCUGAGCAUCCUCCUCAACGUCUUCCUCAUGCUGCACCUGAGCUAUGUGACCUGGCUGGGCUUCUCCAUCUGGUUGUUGAUCGGACUCGUGGUGUAUUUUGGCUACGGCAUCAGGCACAGCAAGGAGAACCAGCAGGAGCGGCCCAGGUUGAUGGCCACACACAGCAGCCUGAAGAUGGUGCCAGCCCUGCAGCCCCCCAGCCAGGCACCGGCCCAAGAGCCUGGCCACAUGGAGGAGCCAACCAGUCCAUGAGGACCACUGGGGCUUCUCUGCCCUCCCCCACCUUCUCAGGAGGCCAAAAGAACUGGCAGUCCCUCUAUCUGGGGCAGCUCGGGUUUUCACACCUUGCCAUGCUGGGGGGUCCUCAGAACAUCAGCCCAGGUGCUGAGCUUCGAGUCUGUGGGAGUGGGCCAUGGCCACUGCUCGUGUGGUGAACUCUGCCCAGCGCCAUCCAGUUUAUGACCAAGUCCAGCUACCUGGGCAUGUGGAGUAGGGUGGGCAGGGAAGAGGCCUGAGCCCCAGGGACCCAUAAUAAUAACAGGUCGGCCAGCCAUGUGGCCUGCUGCUGUGUCCACUGUGGGGGUCUUUGUGAUCCUGAGUCCUUACCUGUCCCCAGGAAGUAGAUGAUUAUCUCCAACCUAUAGCACAUUUGCCGAGGUUCUGUAAGGUGAGGGUGCCAGCCCUGGGACGGCCCUGAGUCAGGGACAUGGCCAGACCUGGGUCCCAGGAUUCCGCCCUCAGGCCAGUGCCCUCUGCCCAGCACAGGGGGGAGCUACACACACCAGGCACAGGGUGGGGCCAGGCUCCCUCCAAGGCUCCCCACAUGUCCCUUGGGGGCAGAUAUAGAAAGCAGAGCCUGGACCCCAAGGAGGCCACUUAGAAAGGGCAGGGCAGUUCUGGGCUCCCUCGGUUUCCCAGGGCUCCCAGAAAGCAGGGCAUGUCCUGAUCCCUGCCCCGGAUGGAGAGACCCCCUGCCCGGGCACAUGCAUCUCUCAGGCACAGGCCCACAUGGUGCACACAGUACCCUACAUGGGCGUGCAGACUAAGACAGCAGCUGUUUCCCAGCCCAGGGCUGCCCGCAGCUUCCAGCGGCCUCUCUCCCUGCUGCCCCCUCAGGGCUUUGUGACAAAGGCUCGGGAUGGGACACACACGGGGAGGUGGGUGCACAAGCACCUGGACCUGCUCCAGGGACCUUCAGCUCACCUGGUGGUGAUGGAGCCCCAUCUUUGGGGGUCCCCAGGCCCCUGAGAGGGCUUGGCUUCUGCAGUCCCAUCCCUCCCCACUCCUGACCAUAGGCCCAGGACACAGGGAAAUUCUCCAGCAGGCAGGACUCAGGUCCCUGGAGGAUUCCAGAGCCAGAACCAGGCCAGCCUACUGGGGUUUCCAUGUCCUCUGUUACGAACAUUCCCUCCAGCCCCUGGGCUGCAGCUGGGGUUUGGUCAGAGCGUGGUCCUCGGGCAGUUGCCUCAGGCUGGGGUGGCAGCUGUUCAGGCGUAUUCUCAGGUGUGACCUUGGGCAGCAGUGACAUGUGUGCAGAUAUACAGCCUCCCCACCCUAUGAAUCCCAGGAAGCCUGGUGAGCAGGUUCCAGGGCAUUGGGCUGGUGUCACCAAGGAGACAGACAGAGGGUCCCAAAGGACCCCAUGCCCACCAACAACCCCUCUACCCAGCUCCCCAUCCCAGCCAUCCACAGCCAAAGGGCUGCCACCAGGAAGGUGCUGGUGCUCAUCAGCUGAGAAGGUAUGGGCCCAAGAGGUGCCUGUACCUUUGCCUGGGGUACUAGGGGGUCAGAGCAUCUGCCACCACACUCCUCACUUCAUGGAUGAGGCCCAGAGCUGGGAGAGGCCAUGCCCUGGGAACCCAGCACAGAGCAGCUGCCACAGCUCCUCCUGCCAGGCUGCCUUCUCCCUGGCCUUGGACUCUGGCUGCACAGACACCACUGCGGGGCAGCUGAGAGGGCAGGGCCUCUCCCUGUGAGGGGGGUGCCGGCAGGGGGAGGAGGGCUGGGAGCCAGGCAGGGCCAAAGUGACCACAGCCAGUGUGGUGGACAGCUGGAGAGCGGGGAACUGCUGGGAACACUGGAGACGGAGCCUGGGAGAGCGUCUCCAGCCCCAGCCCCAGCCGGAGCCCCACUGGACCAGGGCCCUGCAUCUGUUCCCUGCAGUCUGUACACGAAACUGGCUUCUGUGGGCCCCUGCCGGGGCUGGAGCUGGGGGAGGGACAGGCUGCCUGGAAGCUGAAGAGUGGAAUUCUCCCCCACCCCUGCCCUGGUCCUGCCAGGGCUUCAGCUGUGAGUCCCCAAGGUGGGGCACUGACCCUUCCCAGCCCCCAACACCCAAUGAGCAGAGAAAGGCUACAGGCCUCAGGAAUGGGCCAGCAAGUGGGUGCCAGGCCCCCGGUGACAGUGUCCAGCUCCCAGCAGCAGUAGUGGGGGCAGGUGCUGGGCCCCCUCUAAGGCACCUGGGCAGCCGGAUGUUGGGGAAGCCACCUGUCUGCUCAGGGUUGUCAGUUCCCUUCGGGGCCUUUGCCUGCAGAUGAGGACAGCAGGACGGGGCUCCAUCCACCACCCGCCAAAGUGUAGCCCAGGGUCAGGCAGGCCCGCAGUGCCCUCCUCAUGCUUGGUCCUGCAGUAGAAAUGGGCUUCUCCAUCCACAUACAACAGCAACAGGUCACAGAAGAAGGUGAUCUGGGAGAGGCAGGGCAGACCCACGGCCUGACCCCAACCUACCAUCCCACCACCUACACAGCCCUCAUCCCGAGACUCAAUGUCAGCACAGGGGGCUCUGGGGGGCUUUCGGGGGGCACAUGCUUACCAGCAGCCAGAGGGACCCACAAUGGCCAGACUCACCACACCCAGCCGGGCUGCUCCAGACCCCAGAGUGAGGGUUGUGGGGAUGAGCCCGAACUUCCCUGCCUGAGAGAGACCUGGGCUGAGCCUCUCUGCCUGUGGCUGUCACUCCCUCCCAACACUCACCCCUGCCUGCCCACACCUGUCCUGGCCUGACCCUUACCUGUCUACUGAUGAGGAUGUUGAGCAGAUCCCGUAGAGCUGAGCAGGCUCCGGGCCUCCACGCCUGAGGCCUCCCCCUGGUGAGUGGCUGUCCUGGGGCAGGAGAGAGUCCAGUGGCUGCUCUGCCCACUCCUGGGUGGCCUGGCACUCACAGGCCUCAUCUUACUCAUCCACUGACUCCAUCCACCCCAGCCCAAGUCCUGGGUCUCAGCCCUGUGUCAUUGCUGAGGACACAGGGGACAAGCAAGCUGGGACCUGCCUCUCAGAAGCUCCCUGCCUGCUGAGGGGAUGGGGACAGAAGGCUCCCUAAACAGACACAGGCAGUGGGGGUGGGGAAGGUGGGGAAGCCUGGGGCUGUGGGGUCCAGAGAGGAGCAUGUGCUCUCCCCUGGGAGCCUGGGAAGACUUCCUGCCGGGAGCCCCUCAGGCUGGAUUCCCAGGGCUCAGGGAGGAGCUCUAAGGAGAUACAAGGGUGGGGAGAGCCCAGAGGGAGGGGAACAGGGCAUGGGCAGGUCCAGCCCCACAUGGUUGCAUAGAGCUGGGAGGCCAGUGAAGCCAGGCCAGGAGGGCCCAGAGGGCAGUGUCAUGGGCAUCACCUCCAGGCCUGGUGGCUGUGUGCAUGUCUGCAUGAGGAUGAUGAGGGGGCAGAAGGAUGGGACAGGUCUGCUUAGGAGACUUAAAGACACGACAAUUCAUGCAACGCAAGAGCCUUGAGUGCACCUUGGGUUGGAAAAUAAAAGAUUUAGGAUUAUUGGCACAGCUGGGGAAAUUUAAAUAUUAGAUUUAUCUGCCAAUGUUAAAUUUCCUGAGUGUGACAAGAGGACAGCGGUCACCUGGGGAAGGUCCUCAUUCUCAGGACAGCGUUGAGAGGGGUGUGUCCAGAUAUCUGCCACUUACUUUCCAACGGUUUUCUUUGAAAUCCAUCUAAAUAUAUCCAGCUCUCUCUAGAGAGGGAGAGAGAAAACAAAUGGGACAGAAUGGUGAAAAAAAUAAAUAAAAAUAAUCAUGAUGAACCCAGA